AUGUUCUUUGGGUUCUGUAGCUCCCAAUUUACAUAUAACCUUUAGUAUUAUUUAAUAAGUAAUCUCCUGCUCCUUGAUCGAAGUUUAAGUAUUACACAGUUCUAACAUUAUUAUCUAACUUAGGCAUUCAUUUUGUAUGUUAAUGUUUAACAAAGAGCAAGCAAAGGUUGUGAAUUUCUUCAUUCUCUGAUUUUCAAGCAGGGUUCAUUACAUUUUAACAGACUUUCCAAACCACAGAUGUUAUUGUAUAUAAGUAGAUGCUGUUUUCGAAACGUUCGUUCAACGACAUUUCACCUUAAGGAAAUUCAGAAAAGUGUGCUGAGGAUGUCUUCAUCAUUGAUGACUACAAGUUCGUGUAAUCCAAUUGCAGCAGUGUGUCAAGUGACCUCUACAGCUGACAAGAAUGUUAACUUCAGUCUUUGUCAGGAGCUGGUACAACAGGCCCAGAAAGAAGGAGCCUGCAUGGUUUUCCUUCCUGAGGCCUUUGAUUACAUUGGAACAAAUCGUGAGGAAACUCUGCAGCUCUCUGAGACAUUGGAGGGAGACACAAUUCAACGUUACUCACAGAUGACUAGGGACCUAGGAAUCUGGGUUUCUCUUGGUGGAUUUCAUGAACGAGGGCAUACAUGGGAAACAGAUCGAAGAAUCUACAACAGUCAUGUGAUCAUCAACUCUGAAGGGAGCAUCAUGGCAGUGUACCGAAAGUGUCAUCUAUUUGAUGUGGAACUACCUGAGAAAAAAGUGUCACUGAGAGAAAGUGCCUUCACUAUUCCAGGGCCAAAAAUACUUGAACCCCUACAGUCACCAAUUGGCAAGCUUGGUUUGGCUAUUUGCUAUGAUGUGCGGUUUCCAGAGCUUUCAUUGGCACUUAUGCGACAGGGGGCCGAGAUUUUAACGUAUCCUUCAGCUUUUACAGUAGCAACUGGAACUGCUCAUUGGGAGGUUCUACUUCGUGCUCGUGCGAUUGAGACACAGACUUUUGUAAUUGCUGCAGCUCAAGUAGGCAGGCACAAUUCUAGCCGUACCUCCUACGGCCAUUCUCUAAUUGUGGAUCCUUGGGGUGACAUCAUUGGACGCUGUGGAGGAGAUAAACCAGGCUAUGCAUUGGCAGAAAUUGACUUGAACAAGCUGAGAAGAGUGCGGACAGACAUGCCUGUCCAGAAACACAGGCGGGAGAAUGAACUGUACCUCAAUGACUGGAAGCAACACUUAUGAAGUAAUAUGUAACAUUGUGUUGUCAUUAAAUGACAUAAUCAAAUGCAAUUUUCGGAAUUACUCAGAAGACUACCACGGUUAACUUUCAAAUGUCAACUUUACUCAAUUGAAUUUUUCUGGAAAAAGGUCAUUUAUCGUGUUAAGAAAAUUUAAUGCAAGCAAAGAGCAUUGUCUCCACAUAUAAUGCAAUAUAGCAGGUGUAAGCCUAUAACUCAACUGUGCCUCCAUUUUGCUUUCUCAUACUUUCAGUUGGUCAUCAACUAAUAUAUUUCACUUAUUUCUGCUGUGUAUGUUCAACUCCGUAAAGAAAUCGACUUACCAGUACAUGUUUCAAAUGAUCCAUCAGAUAAAUCCUUUGUAUUUAUGGGUAUUGAUAUAAAGAGUAAAUAUUAGUAAUUUACAGCAGCACUUGUGAUAUCUCUAAAGAUAGGUUUGAAUUCUCUUAAAUAUGUUAAAUUAUUUCUUGAUGAGUCUUACCAGUGUUGUGUGACAAAGAUGGAAAAUCACUCUGUUACUGUUUUUGGUGUUUCUGAGUAAAUGCUCUCCUUGACAUUC